CCCUGCAUCACUCUCUCACGCCCACACCACACAGCACAACACAACCUAACCCCCUCCAUCACUCACUCUCUCUCUCUCUCUCUACCUGGCUUUUCUCUCUCCAGUUUCUCCCCAAUUCGACAGCGACGGAAGAGGAGAGAGAUAAGAGAGCAAGUAGAGCUCCGAUCGAUCAACCAUGGCCUCCUCCAAAGACCGCGAGACCUUCGUCUACAUCGCCAAGCUCGCCGAGCAAGCCGAACGCUAUGACGAGAUGGUGGAUGCGAUGAAGAAGGUUGCGAAUCUGGAUGUGGAACUGACUGUUGAGGAGAGGAACUUGCUUUCUGUGGGGUACAAGAACGUGGUUGGUUCUCGGAGGGCGUCGUGGAGGAUCUUGUCUUCGAUUGAGCAGAAGGAGGAGUCUAAAGGGAACGAAGUGAACGCCAAGCGGAUCAAGGAGUACAGGCAUAAGGUGGAGUCGGAGCUCACUGAGAUUUGCGGUGAUAUUAUGACUGUCAUUGAUGAGCAUCUCAUUCCUUCCUGUUCUGGUGGAGAGUCCACUGUUUUCUACUAUAAAAUGAAAGGAGACUAUUAUCGGUAUCUUGCAGAGUUCAAGGCUGGUAAUGAGAAGAAAGAGGCUGCUGAUCUGUCACUCAAGGCAUACCAGAUGGCUUCUUCUACUGCGGAUACUGACUUACCUCCCACUCACCCCAUUCGACUGGGUUUGGCUUUAAAUUACUCCGUCUUCUAUUACGAAAUUAUGAACUCGCCUGAAAGGGCCUGCCACCUGGCGAAGCAAGCUUUUGAUGAAGCUAUUUCUGAACUGGAUACCCUGAAUGAGGAAUCUUACAAAGAUAGCACUUUAAUUAUGCAACUUUUGAGGGAUAACCUUACUUUGUGGACUUCUGACAUCCCUGAAGAUGGAGAAGACCAAAAGAUGGAGAUCUCUGCCAAAGCUGGAGUUGAUGAAACCGAGUGAAGUUGCAUGGAAGACCCCCCCCCUCCCCCCUCUUUCUAAUGAGUCGACUUGGUGAGGAUGAUUCCGUUUCCUGUCUUUGGUAGUGUGUGUUUAAUUAAGUUGAGAGAGAAUCCAGAAACCCUUUCUGUAAUUGUUCUGUAUCAUUGUCUGGUCUUGUGUCACUGUUACUGACAUAUAAUUGUAGAAGUCUGGAAUGGGCAGUUCCGUUCCAUUUGCAUUGGCCUAGCUGUCCCCGCCUAUCUGUUGUUCAUCGAUAUCACCUUAUACUUAUUUUAUGUGUGAGGACUCGCUAUUAUCUCAGAUAUGGCUCUGCUUAAA